CAGCAGCACGAAGCGCGCCUUCGCUUCCCGCCGUCGUUCGAGUGGGCGGGCAGGCGCGCUGCCCUGCGCGGUGACGUCACGCGAAACACUCAAUCCGCCGUGCGUGGUGACGUCACGAGCUCCGGACGCGUCGCGCAAACGAGUUGGAAGCGGUGCGCGGUGACGUCACCCGGGCUCAGCCGUGCGCGGUGACGUCACCCGGGCCCAGCCGUGCGCGGUGACGUCACGAGGGGCUCGAGUGGCGCCAAGGCGCGCGGUUUGGGGCGAGCGUCGCCCUCCCUCAUGGAGGCCGCCGGAGCGCGAUCGCAGCCGCCGACCGACUCACGAACGACUCCAACAGAAAGUCCCCGAGCGCGCUGCCGCUGAGGUGGGGUUUUGCUGCUGAGAGAUGUCGGCUGACUUUGAUCUCGGAACCCUGCAAAUCCCCGACGAAGAGCAGGAGAGCGAACAGGACGCGCGCGAGCGGGAGCAGGAGCUGCGGCAGUUGCUCUCGACAGCGCUUCCCGAUGACCUUUUGGAGGACAGCCGAGAUGUCUCGUCGUCGGAGUUGAGUGAUGAGAGCGAGGACGACCGCACGUCGUCGCACCGCGGACACGGGGCCCACGCGGCGCACGGCCCCCCGCACACCUACGGUGACCAAGGCGGCACAGGACAGGGUGCCCUGGGCCAGGCUGCCCUGGGCCAGGCUGGGUACACACAGUUUAAUGGCCACUAUGCUGCCAACACAUCCAACAAUGACUACAGUUACAUCUCAAACGGAUACGACUACAAGUCUGGCGAUGGCUCCCUCUCUCACCACGGCGAUGCCUGGCUCGACGGCGAUGACAAUGCCAACAAGAGCGACGUCCUCGCAGACGAGAGCUACCUGGGGUUUGCUCGUGCCGACGGGACACCCUUUGAGGAAAACUAUCCAACCGGCGAUGGUGCGGAUGCUGAAGGAGGAUACGGGCAGCCGGCGGCAUACCGGGACAUGCAGCACAGCGCCGCCCUGUUGAACGGGCACGGCAACGGGCACAGCAACGGACACGUCAACGGGCACGUCAACGGGCACGUCAACGGGCACGUCAACGGGCACGUCAACGGGCACGUCAACGGGCAUGGCAACGGGCACGUCAACGGGCACGGCAUUGACAGCGCGGCUUACCACAGCCACCGCCAAGUGAAUGGGGACACCGCCAGUGGCGGGAGCCCGGUGGUGGCCGGGGGUUUGAGCGACGGGGACGUGUACCGCGUGAUGUACCGCCAGGGCUCUGGCGGCCACAGGAUGGUGCCGCCCUCCCCGCAGCAGGCGGAGUCGGCUGCUGCUCAAGAUUUCAACGCCAUGCAGCAGGACUUUCUGAAUUCUGCUGCUGGUGGGCAAGCGAUGCAACUGACUCAGCUGCAGAUCCUGUACCAGGCCCGGGGCCGGGAGGUGAGCGAGUUGUCACGCCAGCUGCUCACCCUGCAGGAGGAGAGCGCACGCGACCUCCGCAUCCUCAGCCACCAGCUGGCGCUCGUCACCGGAGAGAAGGAGGGCCUGAUGGUGAGUCUGCAGGAGUGCCAGCGGCUGGUGCAGGCUGGCAGGGAGAAGGAGAGCAUGCAGGAAGGGAAUCUGCAGGCCCAGGAUGCCCACAUCAAGGCCCUGACCUUGGGCAAAGACCAGGUGGUGCGCAAGCUGCAGGUGGCUGAGGCAUCGAUGGAGAGCUUGCAGCAGCAGCUGGAAGAGCUUGGUCGCUCGGAGUCGUUGACGCGAGCCCGGGAGAGCCACGAGAGCUCGCUCGCCGCCCUGAAGCAGAAGCACGCGCAGGAGGUGCUGGCGCUGCAGCAGCAUCUCGACCAGCAGAGGAGCGUCAUUCAGCAGCAGGAGGAGGCGGUGCAGCGGCUGGAGGGGAGAGCGAGGCAGGCGGAGAGGGAGGCGGAGGAGGGCCGAUUGGAGCGUGCUGAGUUGGUUAACCGCUUGACCCGCAGCCUGGAGGAGAGCCAGAAGCAGUGUCGCGACCUCCUGCAGUCAGGCUCAGUGCAGGAGAUGGGGCAGCUUCAGAUCCAGCUGCAGCAGGCGCUGUCUGCGCGGACCAUAAGCGACCGUAUAAACCGUGCUGUGCAGGACGAGGUCGCGGAACUGAAGGAGCACCUCAAUAUGUACGAGAGCGCCGCCAAGUUUGGGGUCCAUGUGGGCGGCCGGAACGGUGGUGCAGAAUUCGCUCUCUCAGAGUCCUACCUGGAGCUGGGCAUCAAAAACGCAGUGAUGAAACCACCCCGGGUCCACAGUUCGGAGGCUGGGGAGGAGCCCCUGGAGCGUCUGGUGAGCGGGCUGAAGGCGGAGCUGGAGCGAUCGCUGCAGGGAAACCAGUCCAAGCGGCAGCAGCUGGAGCGCCAGCGCUCCGAGCUCGGGGAGGCGCAGCUGCAGCUGCAGCAGGCUGAGGCCAGGGCACAGCAGGCCGAGGCUUGUGCCAAGGAUGCCCAGGUGCGCUGCAGUGCACUGGAGAGAGAGCUGCAGGCCAGCGCACGCGUGCCGCAUGCUACUCACGCUGCAUCUGCAAAGGAGCUGGAGGCACUAAAGCAGCAGAAUGCAACACUGAAGCGGGAGACAGAGGAGCUGGGUGUCCGGGUGUCCGAGCUGGUGAGCGGUGAGGAGCGGCUCAUGGAGGCCAACCAGGAGCUCCGUGAGCAGAUCAAGCAGAUGGUUGCCGACUUUGACGCAGACAAGCGCGAAGCCUUGGAGAGGUGCGAGCGCACGUACGAGCAGUACCACGAGGACGGCAAGGCCGGGCUACGGGAGGAGCUCACGCAGAAAUUCCAGGAGGAGCAGGAGGAGCUGGUGCGGCAUUACGAGGAGCAGCUGCAGUCGUUCCGAGCCAAGCUGGAGGGGCUGGUCCAGGAGACGGACGGCGUGAAGGAGUGCUACAUCACCAUGUGCCGCGAGCGCGAGGCGCUGGAGGAGGCUGUGAGGCAGCACGAACGGCGCCAACAGCAGGCAGUGGAGGCUGCGCUGCAGAGCGCGAAGAAGGAAUGGAGGGCGGCGUUGCCGGGGUCGGCGCGGCCCGUUCGGGUCCAAACGGCCCAUCGGCACUCGCAGACCGAGCUGCAGGCUGACGCGGCAACACCGGUGACGCAGGCGGUGGACCCUGAGAAGGAGGCGGGCGUCAGCGUGGCGUGCCAGGCCGGCACAGAGAGAGCGGAUGCAGCUUGUCAAAGCGAAGGCGAGAGAGUGGAACAUUCUAGCCAGACGGAACAGGAGAGGUCGGAGCAAUACAGCCAGACGGAACAGAAGGGAAAGGAAAACUCCUGCCAGACGGAAGAGAAGGAGGACAGCAAAGUGGAUGCCGGGUGCCAAACUGAAGAACCGCACCAGGUUGCAGGAGAGGAGCACUUGCUUCCCGACGGCUGUGGGAAAGCAAAGGAACCCCAGUCCGGCACCAGCAGAAGCUGUGAGAUGACAACACCAACGCAGCAUACGUCCAGCACGAAGGACGGGAGGUGGCCAGCGCAAGGCACGGGGCGUGAGGACGGCGGCCCCGGGGCGGGGAGCCCGAGCGAGCGCACGCGCUGGGAGCGCGAGGCCGACGCGAGGCUGCGCGCGGCGCUGGCUGAGGCUCGGGCGCGCUGGGGCCAGGACAAGCAGCAGGAGCUGACGCGCGCGCUGGCGCAGUGCGAGCACGACCACCGUGCCCUGCUGCGGCAGCACCAGUCUGUGCUCGGGAGGCUGGAGGAGAAGGUGAAGGCACUUGAGAGAGAAAAGGGGGAACUGCAGAACCACCUGGAGAGGGAGAAGAGCGAAUGGCAGGGCAAGCUGGAGCGAGAGAAGGGCGAGCUGCAGGCCAAGCUGGAGCGAGUGUGCAGGGAGCUGCAGAACGCCGACCGCCACUACCGCCUGCAGUUCAAGCAGCUCAAGAUGCGCUGGCAGGCGGAGCAAGAAGCAGCUGUGCACACCUUGCGCACUGAGAACCAUCAGCUGAGGGAGAAGCUGCAAGAAGAGGCGUCGAAGGGGGCCGCGGGGGAAGGCCCAGGCAUGCACGACCCGUGUCGUGAGGUCAUCCAGCGGCUGCACGACCACUACCUGGGUUCACUGGAGCAGCUGCGCUGCAGCGUACUGCAGCACGCGCGGGACGGCCGGGACCGCGCCGCACGUCUUGUGCGCACCGAGGUGCGGCGGGAGCGAGCGCGCCUGGUGCGAGCACUGCACGACGGCUGCCCCGAUGGCGCGGCGGCGGCGCUGGCAGCGGCGACGGAGCGCCUGUGGGACGGGCGCGAGAGCCGCGGGCAGAGCUGCAGCUCUUCCGGCGGAACGAGCGGCGCUGGCGCUGCCGCUGGUGCUGCCGCUGGUGCUGCUGCUGCGGCCACCGCGGCGUGGGGGGUUGCCCCACCUCGACCUGCCGACGUCGCCCGCACACAGAGCGCGGAGAGGGAAAACUCUAACCAGCAAGCAAAGGCCAAUUUGCCGGUGCUGGGUGUCACUGGCGGCGGUGGGUGGGAGGACCGGACAAGAGACUUAAACCGAGGUGGAGCGCGCGGGGACGAGAGGAGCGCUUGGAGCGGCGUCGAGGCCCGGGGCCCACAGCCAGGGCAUGGGCAAUACCGGCAGCGUGGCGGCGGAGGUGACGACGUUGACUCGUGGCUCAGACAGCGGUCGCUGCACGGCUUCGACCUGCAACUCAACAUGGGGCAGGGGAGUGGGGAGCUGCCCUCGCCAUCGCUUCUCCCUGAUAAGCCCACCCCACGCGGAGCGGCCGGCUUUCCUACAAGGCUACUAAACAAUCAUGGCGCCGCGAGCAAACCAAACGGCCUCGGUGCCGUCAAGGCGGUGCGGUUUUACUCGUCCGACGGUUUUCGAGGUCCAAGCGAAGGAGAUAUUCCCAGUAAAGGGGAAGCGCCGGUUGGCCCCGUGCUCUCGCCGCGCCCCCUCCGAGAUGCCGCGCCGUCGGAGCGAGCGCCCGGCAUAAGCGCCCGAUGUCGGCUCGGGUCCCCGGCUCCGGCCGGCGCCUCCCCGCACGCCCAGCGUCGCCCGCGUGUUGCGACGGCGCCGCGCUCCUCCUCCUGCGGCCCAGGCAGGGCGCGAUCGCCGGGCUCGCGCGAGACGCCCGUGCGGGACGGGGCGCCGGCGUCGCGGGCGCCGGGGCCGAAGGUCGCAGGGAACCGCGGGGCGCGCGGUGCCCCCGUCACGGACUCGUCGUCGGCGACGACGUCGGACUCGGGCGGCGGCUCGCGGCCCUCGAGUGACGGCACGUGGCCCGAGCAGUGACGAGCGCCGCGCCAGCAGCCGGGCGCUGUGGCACGCGGGCGUGACGCCGUCGAGGGGAUGUCCACAUCGAUGGCUUUCAGAGAGGCAGCGUGUAACAGACCGCCCCUGGACUGCCCAUGGACUGUCACUGAUGCCAGUGCCCUUAUUGUUAACGCCAUUACUCUGGUAGUUAACAGCGUCAGCUCUGGUCCCCUGGUCGUGAACAUCGGUAUUAACUUUAUGGAUGUUGUUCACGUUUGUGCCAUAAUCGCUCAAUUUGUUCCUUUAGUUUUUAACGCAGGUGGUAUAACCAUACAUUUUGGAGCCGUAAUAUCCAUGCCAUAACUUUAACGUGAGCAUAAUUGGAAACAUAACAUUUUACCUUGGUGUUAUGGUCUGGCCGAGGUCGGGUUUAUGCGAAAGUUCGACCUCGGGCUAGAAUUUGUGCUGCAAACGCAGGCCACAUUGCGGUCGUUGGUAUUGGCGGUGUGCUGUGGUUGACUGCCAUAUAGCGCUGUUGAUUGCCAUGUCGGUCCCUCCAGGAGUGGGUGGUGCUGUGUAUUGUAUUCACUGCAUGCUAUUUUGUUCACCCCUGCCAAGGUUACACGUCUAAAUGUGAAGUACGCGGAGUGCUCGGUUCCACAUGAGCACAGGGAGGUGUCUGGGAUGAAUUUUAAACUCCCAGAGUUGGUGUGUGUGUGACUGUAGCCCUGUGUGCUUUGUCACUUGUUGUUUUUUUACAGCGUGUUUUGCGGUGGUUUUUGUGGGAUAAUUUAUCGAAGAUGUCAUUAAAAUCACUCAGUACUGUACAUGUAAAUUCAUAUAUAUUUUUUAAUAAUAUAUUUUUAAUUAAACUUUGUACGUUUA